UUCACACAUGUUUGCUGUGCUUUACUAGCGUUUACUUCUAUAGAGGUAGUAGUUCUUGUUAUUAUGUAGGUACCUGAGUAAUAAAUAAUACUGGAAGUUAUAAAGUUCAAAUUGUGUUCGAUUAUUUGAAGAAGCUUAAAAUGGAAACUGAUAAAAUGGAAACUCAAGCCGAUGACUCAGAGGAAAUACUUGAUGAAGAAGCAAUAAGCGCUCGACACGACACCCAACCUCACCCAGACGUGACAGCUAUUGUAGUGGGCGACUUCGGAUGGUGGCAGCUAAAGAUAAGCACCCUGAUGUCACUACUCAAAUUGAGCAACUGUUGGUAUCAACUCAACAUCAUAUUUAUGGCUCCCCAACAAGAGUUCUGGUGUCAAAAGCCGCCGUCUAUGGCAAGGUACACUGAGACAGAAUGGAGGAGUAUGUGCGCUCCGAGGAUUGAAGAAUUCCCCUGUCUGAUCUUCGACCCUGACAUUCUAUCUAUAGCGCCGGAUAUGGAUCGAAGUAUGAUACCGCUAGUUCCGUGCCACAAAUUUGUGUAUGAUAAAUCAAUUUUCGAACGAACUAUGACCUCUGAUUGGAACUUGGUUUGUGAGAAACAUUGGUUAAUCCAUAUUACACAAUGUACAAUGAUGUGUGGCGUUCUACUCGGGGGAGUAUUUUUCGGGAUGUUGGCGGAUAAAUACGGACGCAAAAACCCUCUCUUGAUUUGUAUAAUACUACAAGCGCUAGCGAGUUUCAUCGCAAGCGCACUCCCGUGGUAUUGGUUGUUCCUGAUCAACUGGUUUGUGCUCGCUCUGGCGUCCGGAGGCAUCACCAUCAUAUCCUUCGUGCUCUGUAUGGAGGCUGUGAGUGGUAAAUGGCGUAUGAUAGUUCCAGUACUUUACCAGCUGCCCUUUGGUCUGGGCAAUACUGUAAUGGCGGUGCUUGCCUACUGGCUCAGAGAUUGGAGAAAACUUGAAUUUAGUUUAGCCUGUUUGUCUUCAUUGUAUGCCUUUUACUGGUUUUGUACACCAGAAUCUCCUAGAUGGCUUUUGGCUAAUGGACAAAUUGAUAAAGCUAUGGAAGUGUUAUAUGUCGCUGCACGAGAGAACGGCCGUAAGUGGACUAAAGAACAAAUACGAGGAUUGAUUCCUAUAAGAAUUGCACCAGAAAAACGGAAAAUCCCAGCGUUCGUAGACUUCCUAAGACACAAAAACAUGAGGCUUAAAACUAUACUCUUGUCUUUAAACUGGCUUUUUACAGGAAUUGCAUUCUACACUUUCUGCCAGUACCUCGGAGGUAUUGGCGGGAAUAUGUUCGUGACCGUUGCAAUCACUGGAAUCAUUUCUACACCCGGACCUAUUUUAUGUGUGUUCGUUAUCACCAGAACCGGCCGCAGAAAUACUGUGUGGACCUUUCAAGUCCUCACAGCGGUGUGUUUUGUGGCUUUGUUGGUGAUACCCAGAGAGGAGUACCCAAAUGAUUGGCCCAGACUAUUGUUUGCUGGAAUAGGAUUCGCAGCGAUGGCGGCAUCCGUACCGACCCUUUACUUAUAUUCGGGCGAGUUGUACCCUACUUUGGGCCGUAAUCGCGGAGUGGGUUGGGUGACUAUCUUCGCCCGUCUCGGGUCUAUGAUCGCCCCGUUCAUAGUCAGCCUGGACAGCAUAAAUCAGAAUCUACCAUUGAUGCUUCUCGCCGUGACAUCAUUUGGACAGAUUGUGCUACUACUGCCUUUACCCGAAACCAAAGACACGCCGUUACCAGACACCAUAGAAGAGGCAGAGCGUUUUACCAAGGAAACUGCCGCAAGUUGUCGGAAAAAGGAUGUCAAACCUCCUGUACCGUGGUCAAAAUAAAAUAUAUAUAAUAUUGAUGUAUAUGACACUGUUUAUUCUGGACAACUUUUGUAAGACUAAUGCGUAU